AUUCUGUUCACUACAACAAAUAACAAUGUAAAUUCUAUAUAACAAAUAGAACACACUGGGAUUCAAAAUGAAAUAAGGUAAAGUUGUCUUUAUCUUAAAAUUAGAUAUUUAAAUCCAACCAGUAAAGUGUUAUUUGAUAUAUAGAUAAAUCAAAGUGAACAAGAAUAGUGAACAACUGACUGGAACACAAAAUGCAAUAAGGUAAUAACUUUUACCUUAAAUAGGAUUUGUUAUCCUACCAGUCAAGUUGUACACAAUACCUGCUAAACUACACAAGUGCUUAAAAGUGACAAAAACUCCAAUGUACAAACUAUGUAUCAGAUUAAACAUACUGGAACUAUAAAAUGCAAUAAGGUAAAAAUUAUUUACCUUACAUGGAAUUAAUCAUAGAAUUUAUCAACUCAGGUGAAAAAAGUUGAGAGAGUCUCUCUCCUGGGUACAUUCCCGUCCCAGCUCUUUUUUCGUCCGUACAGUUUAUAAGGUGCUUGAAUCUAUGGAUAUAUGAUGUCUUUGGCUUCGGAUUCUUGUUGUUUGUUGGUCGGUUUUCAUCCCUGAGUUCAACUCCAAGUUUGGAUUAGAAAUUGGAGUCAUGAAUUACGACAGAGAACUCAAAAUCGAACUGCAAAUUCGCGAUUUUACUGUUCACCUCAAAUUUGAUUUCUGUUGAAAGUGUUGAUUUUUGAGUUUGUUUCUGGAUUCUAUUGUGUUGUUCCAUAAGGCGAAGUUUCUGUUACUAGAAAUUUAUUUCUAGAGUAGAGGAAGCUUCGUUGUAACCUAAUCUGCUACUGUUCAUCGUCGAGCCAGAGUUUCUGGAUUUGCGUUUUGUUGGUGUUUUUGGGGUCUCCUGAAACGACCUGUAAGGUGUGCGGGGAUGACAAGGAAAAAGCUGGGGAUUGGAGGACUAUCUGCUGCUCGAUCGACUAGAUCAUCUUCCCGAUUCUCUGUGUUGGAGGUCACAGAUGAAGAGUUUCCAACUUUGGAGGGCACUGAUAACCCAGAUCCUGAAUAUAUUAGAUCCCGCCUUGAUGCAAUGGAUAAACGUCUGAAAGCUGAUGCCAAUAAGCUUCUUGGUAAGACUGAGAGGGUGAUCUUGGACACUGCAGGGAAAGAUGCCCAUGAACUCCCUGCCAUUAGCCCGGAGAAGCCGUUGGUACAGACAACUACUAAUGGUCUAGAUAAGACUUUGGACGAACUGGAACUUAUUCCAGCAAAUGUUACGAAGGAUAAAGCUUGGACAUCCCUCUUCAAGGACAACCGAGACCCUUCAAAAGGCCUCAAAUUGAGGUAUAUUCCGCCAAAUGGCAAAUCUUUGGACUUUUCGGACAGAACUUUGCCCACUAUGGUGGAGAUGUGGGGUUUUUGCUUAGUCGGAUUCUUUACCGGCAAAUACCCCGGGCUUAAGGCUAUCUAUGAUUUAAAGAGUACGUGGGGUGUUAGUUGCAUCAUUAAGACCCAUGAAAAAGGGUGGGUUAUUUUUAAAUUUCAAAAUGAUGAGGAUAGAACAAGAGUGUUGAGGGGGGGGUCCAUAUACCAUCUUUGGUAAACAACUCAUGCUUAAAGCACUCUCAGAAGACUUUUCUUUUGACGAUGAUGAAUUUCUUAAAGUUCCCAUUUGGGUUAAAUUUCCUAACUUGCACAUGAAGCUUUGGAAUGAGGAGGCAAUGAGCGAGGUUGCUUCUAUGGUUGGGGUUCCUUUAUCUACGGACAAAGUUACUCAAGAUAGAAGCAACCAUUUAUUUGCUAGGGUUUUAAUUGAGGUUGAUGUUUCACAACCACCUCCGCUAUCAUUUCCCAUACGACUAUCUUGCCGUAAAGUGGUCAACCAAAAUGUGGUGUAUGAAACUUUUCCCAACUACUGCUUCCAUUGCAAAGUUUAUGGGCACCACCCAUUUAUUUGCAAAAAACUAGCACCUAAGAAGGGGGAAAGUGAUUUGAUCAAAGAAGGAGAGAAAGAUCUUAUUAGCAUAUCAAAGAAAACUCAAGAGGGAAAAUUAAAGGAAAUUGUGGGGGAGAUUCACACUGAACCAGGAAAGCAGGUGGAAAAAGAAAUGGAUGCCAUGGUGCCUAUAAUACCAACUGCCACAGUACCUAUUGAGGAGGGUGGAACAAUUGAAGCAACCGUACUAAAGGACGCAACGGUGGGGAGUGCACCAGUUGAUAUUGCUACCAAGAAGAAGAAAUGUUCUGGCAAGGAUUUGAGGGAGAAGGCAGUUACUUAGCCGUAGCUUCACCUUUCAUUAGUGGAGUAUUUUGUGAUUUUAGUUUCGUUUGGUGAUAUGGGGGUUGUCCCAAUUUUAUUACUUUUGUGAUGCAUGUUAUUUAGGAUAGUUCGUUCUUGCCUAGAUAGCGGUUUUGAUUUGGACUUGAUACAUUGUAAUAUGUUAAUUUUUGGGUGCUUUAUAUAUACACUUACAUUUCAUCCAAAAAAUAUUUACCUUA